UGGAUAGCCAUUGUUCUAAUCUUUUUGGUAUCUACUCUGGCAAUUCUUUCAUUAUCAAAUGACAGAUCUGUUAGAAAAUCGAUGAUUUUUGUGACUGAUUCAAUAAACUACCCAAUUUGGAAUUUUCCUUUUCCUGCUGUUACCAUUUGCAGUUUCAAUAAAAUCUCGAAGCAGCGCUCGUUGAAUUAUGCUGAGCUCAUACCAAAUAAAUUAGGUUUGAGUGUGGCCGAAAUAGGACAACUUUUCGAGUUAUUAGGACAGCUCUAUUACAACUCCGAAAAUAUCAAGGAGACUCGAACAGAAGAAUAUUUACAACUACUUCAAUUAUUGGAUCAUAACAAGAUAGAAAUAAAUCUACUGCUCAGGUCUUUGUCACCUUCCUGCAGCAAAAUUUUAACGAGAUGUAGAUGGAAAGGAGAAGACAAGAAUUGCGAUAUGGUUUUCGAGAAAAUAAUUACCUCUGAAGGAUAUUGUUGUUCCUUCAAUUAUUAUGCGCCAAAAGAUCAUGAAUUUGGCGGAAAGCUCUAUUCUGCUAGAUCUCCUCCCAAGCCAAGAAGAGUGUCUGCUUGUGGUCCUACAACUUCAUUAGAACUACUGAUUGAUAAUGAUCCUGAAGAUUAUCAUUCUGUUGAUACCCUAGGGUUUGGCAAUAAGAUUAUGAUACAUAAUUCCUACGAUUAUCCCGAUUGGAGUGAUCAAUCUCUCCUUCUCGGCAUGAAGGUUAUGGCCCAGCUAGGGAUGAAUCCCACUCUAACACACUCAUCUAGUGAUUUGAGAUCUCUCAGCGUUAAAGAAAGAGGCUGUUACUAUAAAGAUGAAUUUCCGUUACAGAAUUUCGGAUAUUACACUUACCAGAAUUGCCUGACUGAGUGUCGGAUGAAUUUAUCCCGAUAUUAUUGUGGAUGUAUCCCAGUUAUUUAUUUAAACGAACAGGGCAAUGCAGGGGAUUACACAAUUUGCUCUUUGAGGGAUAUCGAGUGUUUGAGUAAAUUCAGACCCUUCAUUCGGAGUUCUGUGCCAGGAGUCGAAAUCGAAGCGGACAACUCCACUGAUUUCGUUAUAGAUAUCAGCAAAAGACCUUGCGACUGCCUACCGGAGUGUGCCUCGCCAAUUUAUGAUUUUCAAGUUUCUUCAUCAUUUUUAGAAACGAGGUAUUCACCUUCUAUCGAGCAUUAUGGGUUGUAUCAUGGAAUAGAUCUAGACAAUCACUCUGUGGUGAGAGUAUUUUUCAACGAUUUGGUUGGAACGAGGUAUCGUAGGAUUGUUCUUGGCAACUGGCAAACUUUUCUUGCUUUUUAUGGUGGUAUCCUGGGGCUCUUCUUAGGAUUCAGUUUUAUUGCAGGUAUAGAAUUCAUCUACUUUUUUACAGUGAAACUUUUCAUAGAAUUCGGAAAUAAAAAGAACAUGGAAAAAAGGAAACAAAAGAUGAAGAAACGGAUUUUGCAUGAUAAUGACAAAGUGAGAAAAAUUCACGUCUUGAACAGAAAAAGUUUGGGUUUUACUGGUGAGACGAAGGAUAACAGUUACCUUGAUAUAUAUUUGGAAUGAAAAGUAUAUUCGAAAUAUUGAGAUACUUAUGUAUAUGUA